GCGCACCUGGGGGUGAAGUGCACUUUCAUUCGGAUCCAAACAACCAGGCUCACAGCUGACUUUCUUUUGAGAUAGUAAUGAAAAAGGAGUGAGACGCAGCGUACUUUGGCACUGGAUAAAUAAUUAACCUGACAACUCAAACCGCAGUUUUAACGAAGGAAUGAGGAGCUGCUGAGCCAAAGUGGUAACGGAGUGCGCCGCCUGCCUGUCUCCAGAGAGUGGGGGAGAAAAAAAGGCCGCCAGGUGUUUUUUGUGUUUUGGCUAUUUCAUGACAUUUGAACUGGAUACAUUAUACUGUCAUCAUGCUCGGAGCGGAGAGCAGAGUGGAAAGCCGGCUGAAGAAGCUGGAGUCCCUGAUGAGGAAUCCACAGUCGGCACUAAACUUGGCAACCCUACUGGAUUCCAUGAAUGCCUUGGCUCGUGAUUUGAACUAUCCUGCCCUGCGGAAAAACAAAAACAUAGAAGCAUUUCUGAACCGAUAUGAAAAAUCAGCGAGCCAGCUGCGGGAACUGCAGGUGAAGCUUGACGAUUUUGACAAAGUGAAGUUGAUCGGAAGAGGAGCCUAUGGAGAAGUGCAGCUGGUCCGUCACAAGGCCUCCCAGAAAGUUUACGCCAUGAAGCAGCUCAACAAGUUCGAGAUGAUCAAACGGUCAGACUCAGCCUUCUUCUGGGAGGAGAGGCACAUCAUGGCCUUUUCCAACAGUCCCUGGAUCGUCCAGCUGUGCUGUGCUUUCCAAGAUGACCGACACCUCUACAUGGUGAUGGAGUUCAUGCCAGGAGGAGAUGUGGUCACACUCACCAUGAACUAUGACAUCCCUGAGAAGUGGGCCCGCUUCUACACAGCUGAAGUGGUGAUGGCGCUGGACGCAAUACACUCUAUGGGUUUCAUCCACCGUGACGUUAAGCCUGACAACAUGCUGCUAGACAGUAAUGGACACCUCAAGCUGGCAGACUUUGGCACAUGUAUGAAGAUGGACUCGACAGGUAUGGUGCGCUGUGACACAGCUGUAGGCACACCGGACUACAUCUCCCCUGAGGUGCUCCAGUCACAAGGUGGUGCUGGUUACUAUGGCCGUGAGUGUGACUGGUGGUCUGUAGGAGUCUUUAUAUACGAGUUGCUGGUCGGUGAAACUCCUUUCUAUGCAGAGUCCUUGGUGGGGACUUAUGGGAAGAUCAUGAACCACAAGAACACCCUCAUCUUCCCAGAUGAUGUAGAGAUGUCUCAGGAUGCCAAAGACCUCAUCUGUGCCUUUCUGACUGACAGGAAGGUUCGUCUUGGCCGCACUGGAGUUGAUGAGAUCAAAUGCCACCCCUUCUUCAAGAACGACCAGUGGACCUUUGACAACAUCCGAGAGACUGUGGCCCCAGUUGUGCCAGAGCUGAACAGCGACAUAGACACCAGUAACUUCGAUGACAUAGAGGUUGAUAAAGGAGAUGUUGAGACCUUUACUCCACCCAAAGCCUUUGUGGGCAACCAGCUACCAUUUAUCGGCUUCACUUACUUCAAGGAAGACCAACUGUUGAGGGAAAAUAAAAGCUCCUCUGUAGAGGAUUCGGAGGACUGUAAGGAUAACUCUGAGGAAAAGGAGUAUUGCUCUGACGACAAGAAAGAGGGGCAGCUUCAGAAAAAGCUUCAUCAGCUGGAGGAGCAGCUUGACCAUGAGAUGCAGGCCAAAGAUGAGCUGGAGCACAAGUGCAAAAAUGCCACCAACCGUUUAGACAAGUUGGUCAAAGAAUUAGACAAGGAGAUGAAUAGCAGACAGAAAGUCGAGGCCUCGCUGAGGCAGCUGGAGAGAGAGCGAGCUCUGCUGCAGCACCAGAGUGCCGAGAACCUGCGUAAAGUGGAGAUUGAGUCUGACAGAAAACGCAGUCUGGAGAACGAAUUGAACAGCCUGAGGGACCAGCUAGAGGAUCUAAAGAAGAGGAACCAGAAUUCACAGAUCUCCAAUGAGAAGAACAUCCAACUGCAGAAACAACUUGAGGAGACCAACACUGUUCUUCAGGCUGAGCAGGAGGCAACGGCGCGGCUCAAGAAGAGUCAGACAGAAGCGCUGAAACAGGCCCAGAGUCUGGAGGCCACCCUCAAGGAGAUGCAGGAAAAGUGCAACCAGCUAGAAAACAGCAAGAUGGAGCUAGAGAAGCAGCUGAUGGGGUUGCAGGCAGAGCUGGAGACUGAGAGAAGAGACCGCAACAUCCGGACCGAAACCAUUUCUGACCUGCAGGGAUGCAUCUCUGGCCUGGAAGAACAGGUGAAAGAGAUGAAGUCGUCUCUCUCCAAGGACCAGUCUGAAAAGAAACAGUUGCAGGAGAAGCUCAAUGACCUCAAGAAGGAGAAGAGCAACCAAGAGAUUGACCUGACGUUCAAGCUGAAGUCAAUCCAGCAGAGUCUGGAGCAGGAGGAGACAGAACACAAGGCCACCAAAGUCAAGCUUGCGGACAAAAACCAGAUCUACCAGUCCAUCGAGGAGGCCAAAUCUGAGGCUUUAAAAGAGUUGGAGCGCACUCUCCAAGAAGAGCGCAGCUUGAAGCAGCAGGUGGAAAGCAGGCUGCUGCAACUAGAGAAGAAUCACUCCAUGCUGGACUGUGACUACAAGCAGGCGCAACACAAACUAAAUGAGCUGCAGGCACAGAAGGAGAAAGUUUCUGAAGAGGUGAAGACUCUGAGCUUGCGUCUAGAGCAGGAGAUCCACAAGCGGAGUCUGAGCCAGAGUGAUCUGAAGAUGCAGAACCAGCAGGUGUCAGUGCUCCGCUCCUCAGAAAAGCAGCUCAAACAGGAGCUCAACCACCUGCUGGACAUGAAGCAGGUCCUGGAGAAACAGAACCAGGAGCUACGCAGGGAGAAGCAGGAGGCUGACGGCCAGUUGAAGGAAUUAAAGGACCAACUGGAGGCAGAGCAAUAUUUCACAACCCUGUACAAGACACAGAUUCGUGAGCUGAAGGAUGAGUGUGAUGAGAAGAACAAGCUGUACAAAGAGGCACGUCAACGUCUGGCAGAAUAUGAGGAGGAGAGGGAUUCCCUGACAAACCAGCUGGAAGCCAGUCUGACCAAGGCGGACUCUGAGCAGCUGGCUCGUUCCAUUGCUGAGGAGCAGUACUCUGAUCUGGAGAAGGAGAAGAUCAUGAAGGAGCUGGAGAUCAAAGACAUGAUGGCAAGACACAAACAGGAGCUCGGCGACAAGGAAGCCACAAUCAGCUCGUUGGAAGAGUCCAAUCGCACUUUGACGGUGGACGUGGCCAAUCUGGCUAGUGAGAAGGAAGAACUCAACAACCAGUUGAAAGAACUGCAGCAACAGUUCCAGAAAGCCAGGGAGGAGGAGAAGCGGAUGAACGGUCUGAAACAGUCCUUUGAAAAACAGCUGCAGAAUGAAAGGACGCUGAAAAUUCAGGCCAUCAACAAGCUGGCCGAGGUGAUGCAGAGGAGGGAGACGGGGAGGGGAGGCCACCGGGUCAUCGACACCGAGGUGCACAGAAAGGAGAAGGAGAACAGGAAGUUGCAGCUGGAGCUGAGAACAGAGAAGGAGAAACUCAACAGCACCAUCAUCAAAUACCAAAGAGAACUAACGGACAUGCAAGCUCUGAUAGCAGAAGAGAACCAGGUGCGCCUGGAGCUUCAGAUGGCGCUGGACAGUAAGGACAGCGAUCUGGAGCAGCUUCGUUGCCAGCUCACCUCCCUCAGCGUUCACUCUUUGGACUCCACCAGCAUCAGCAGUGGCAACGACCUGGACAUGGUUGAUGGAUACCCAGACUCCAGGCUGGAGGGCUGGAUUUCACUUCCUACCAAGAACACAAAGCGGUUUGGCUGGGACAAAAAAUAUGUAGUGGUGAGCAGUAAAAAGAUCCUGUUCUACAACAGUGAGCUUGACCGAGAGCAGGCCAACCCUUUCAUGACCCUGGAAAUCGAUAAGCUGUUUCAUGUCCGACCGGUUACUCAGACUGAUGUGUACCGUGCAGAUGCUAAAGAAAUCCCAAAGAUAUUCCAGAUCCUGUAUGCCAAUGAAGGCGAGAGUAAGCGUGAACAGGAGGUUGUAGUGGAGCAGACGCCAUAUAGUGAUCGCCCCUCCUACAUUAACCAUAAGGGCCAUGAGUUCAUCCUCACUCUCUAUCACUUCCCCUCGAGCUGCGAGGCUUGCACUCGGCCUCUGUGGCAUGUCUUCAAGCCCCCGCCGGCCCUUGAGUGCCGCCGCUGCCACACAAAGUGCCACAAAGACCACCUGGACAAGAAGGAGGAGGUUAUUGUGCCUUGCAGGGUGAACUACGACAUGUCCACUGCCAAAGAUCUGCUUUUGCUGACCAGUUCUCAGGAGGAGCAGCAGCGCUGGGUUAGCCACCUCCUCAAGCGCAUCCCGAGGAAACACCCGACAAUGAGUCAUCCCUCAGCAGCCCAAAGCCAACUUCCUGAAGCAACAUUGCGAUCCUCACCACGACCUUCACCCAGGGGCUCCCCUCACUUGUCCCACCGUGGAGCCAUCAAGAUGCAGCCCAGCAGCAGACAGCAGCAGCCUUCAGGGAAGCCCAGUUAACCCUGGCUGAGCAAAGAUGUGUAUUUUCAUCUUUGUGGAUUAAUGACUGCAGUCUGGACACAGUGCCUACAUUACAUGUGUUAUUUCUUCUAGUAAGUGAAAAAAGCAUUGAAAAUCAUGGACACAAACAUUUGCAGAAAGUGGCUGUUGUCGUGAGAAGUGGGAUUGCCUUUGUCAUUUUAACAAGAGGAGUAUGAGCACAUGUCUUCUUAUUACAGACUGAGACUUCAUGUAAGAGAAAAGUAAAAACCUCAUCUCCUGCCUUAUUUUAUAAUCAUUACCAUGACAAAAAACAAGGACAUUUUAUACUGUCAGAUGCAGUGACUCACUUGGAUUUGUGUGUGUGAAGUGUUGCGCAAGUAUGCGUAUGUGUGAACAUUUGUAUAUAGGAUGAAGAGGCCUGUAUGUGUAUUGUAACACAGAAAGUGUAGCUAAAGGUAUGUGAUUGUUUUAUUUUUAUGGAUAUCAAAGUAUAACUGCACAUGAUACAGUAUAUGCUUGUCUGGUAAAUGUAUGAAUACAGUUUUACUGAACCGAAGAUUUGCAUUGUUAUUUCCUUGGAUUUGUUUCACCACACAAAAGCAAAAAACGA